CCAUCUCCACCUCCACCUCAGCCAAAGAGACUAGAGAGGACAUUUGCCCGCGAUCUUACGCUCUUAUCCGCGGCUCGCUCGUUUUUCCCCUCCUCCAGGCUCGGACACCGGCACCGCGUCACCGGCAGCCCCGCGAGGCGCGCUGCGCUCAUCCUCGCCGUGUGACGCUCGGCGCCGGGUCGGUCCCGUCGCACCAAACCGGGACAAGAGUGUCGCCCCUGGAAGCUGGAUGAAUUAUCGGAGAGUUGUGAACAAGUGCGAGAAGAAAGCUGAGGCUCCGGAUCCGCCUCGUCGACAAGACUCUCAAGCCGGAGUUGCGGGCGACAAUGGAGGGGACGUCUCUGUGUGUUCCGAUUGUUAUUUUACUCAUGCAAUGUUGCCCCUCCCUUCCCGUCACCGUAUCGACCAACAAACCUCGAGUGGAGGUGCACGAGUUCUCAGAUGCAGAGCUGUCCUGCAUGUUCCGCACAGAGAGGGACCAGAACCCACGCAUCGAGUGGAAGAAGAAGGGGAAAGAUGUUUCCUUUGUUUACUUUGACGGACACUUCCGAGGUCCGUACGAGGGGCGGGCGAGCAUCGAGGGAGCCACAGUCACGUUGCGCAGGGUGACGCAGGAGGAUGCGGGCGACUACCGCUGUGAGAUCACCGCUCCUCUCGAUUCUAUAAAUUUGGGCGAGACCAACGUCACACUCAGAGUCUUAGUGCCCCCUAACACGCCGACCUGCGAAAUCCCAAGUGUGGCAGUGACGGGCUCUGCGGUGCAGCUGCGCUGUCGGGACCAGCAGAGUAUCCCGCCUGCUACGUACUCCUGGUACAAGGACAACCAGCUGAUGAGCCCGCCGCGCCAUGCCAACGCCACCUAUCUAAUCAACUCUCACACAGGAGUCCUGGAGUUCAAAGCUGUGGCAAAAGAGGACAAUGGUCGCUACAGCUGCCUGGCUUCCAACGGGGUGGGAAAGCCCAAGAUGUGCGAGGGCAAGCACAUGACGAUAGAGGACAUGAACGUCACAGCUGUGGUGGUGGCAGUGGUUGUGGUCUGCCUGAUGGUGGUGGUCUGCAGCUGCGGGGGGUUCCUGCUUCACCGCAAUGGCUUCUUCAGCCGACACAGAGGAAGGUCCAAUGUCAACUAUAUCCCUCCACCCCAAGAAGAUUUCAAACACACGCAGUCAUUCAUGCUCUGAGCAGAUGGCAUCCCUUUUGGGAAUACAUCAAUAAGGUGCCAAUACUGGAUUCUGGAUUUCUUUUCCCCGAGCAGACUCGGAAUGAGCUUCUGAUCUUCGAAUGAUAUGCUUAUUUCUAUCCUUUACUACUCUCUUUUUGUGGGGGCGACGAAGGGCCAAUCUGACGUUUGCAAUGCUGCAUACUCUUGCUUUGCCGUGUGGGUAGCCUCUGUCGAGUUCUGCUUAUGUGGAAUUAAAUAUAGUUUGAUGUCACUCUGCUCCCCCCUGGUGGUCAACGUUAGAACAGACAAACUUCAAAUAAUAUGGGAUUUUUUGUCCCCAUCCCCAAACAGGCCAAUUGUUUUAACUACCUACAGUAUGUUUUCUUUUACCAAAGACUCGCUACUUUAAGGAAUUCUGUUGCAUUGAAACAAUCCUCCCUUCAUGAUACUGCAUUGUGAUUUUCAAUCUGUUGAAACAAAAAAAAUGCAGUUUACCUCAGUAUUGCUCCACUUGCCAUUCUAUAUAACACUGGGGCCCCAGUGUUCCAAGGGCCACUUGUCCACUGUGUUAAAACACAAAACCCUGCCCAGGAAAUACAACAAUUAUGAAGACCAACCCCAUUCCAUCCUAAUGUGCCUGCAUGGUCUUUUUGAUAUACUGUAUACAAUAUAUAUACCUUGUGCCUUUUUAAUUUGUCUGUCAUAUUUAUCAAUGGAUCAGUUUUUGUAAAGAACUUGCCUUACUUUUUUCUGUCUUUAUAUUUUUGUGCCACUGUUAAUCAAAAGGCGUGUCUGUUUUUAGACGGUGUGAAUGGGUUGUUCAGAGUUUUAUUUGAAUGUUGUAUCAAUAAUAAAAAAGGUUUUGUA